AUGACGUCGGCUAACUCGAACACCAACCACUACACUGUGCUAGGCGUGGACCGCAAUGCGACCCUCCCGGAGAUUCGUUCUGCUUACAAGAAGCUGGCACUCAAGCUUCAUCCUGACAAAGCUGGCGAUAGUAAGGAGACUACUGCGAGGUUCCGCAAGGUUGCAGAAGCAGUGGAUAUUCUUUCGAACCCAGUCUUCCGCCGCAAGCAUGAUGAAAUACUUGAUAGAUCGGCUCUGACUGAUCCAGGCCUCGAGAACUUUUGGGACAAGUUUGGAAUCAGACCUGGCUAUGCAAGUCCUGCUACUACAGAUGAUGAGUAUUGGACAGGCCGAUGGAAUGCCAAUCAUCAUCGUCACUGGAGUUCAAGGCCUUGGGAGGCACCUUAUGCAAAAUCUCGAGAAAAUCCCUAUGAUGAACAUCCUCGGCGGCCUCGACCUACCCAGCCUUGUCCUGCUCAGCCCCGUGAGCCAUCGCCCCCAAGAAAAUCUGAUAUCUGGGAGGAAUAUUUGAACGGUUCCAGACAAAAUGGAAUGAAAUAUGGGCCCAACACCACGAAUGCUUUCCCUGCUUACAACAAGUGGCAGCAGAAACCAUUGUCCAAGCAGAAGUUUCAGGGAAUCUUCCGUGAAGAGCCAAUACCAGAGGCAUCAAAGACUGGAGUUCCAAGCCGGCGUGGAGCCCCGCUGCAGACUGCCAACAGUGCCCAUUCGCAUCAACGCGCGCAUGAAGAAAAAUUGAAGCAAAAAGACCUCCUCGAAAUUAAUCUCUCAACCAGCCACCAUGGAUUUGGCAACAUUCACACGGUCCCCGAUAAUGACGAGGGAAAUUUGAACCCAACCCACACGGCUGAUUUCCAGGGUGCCGAGUAUAAGUGUCGCGUCCACGUUUCUGUUGAUGAUCCAUCUGUUCAAAGCUCGGCUGCUGAUGGAGAAGACGGUCUACUCGACGAAGACUGUGGUCCUCGUCCUUCUUUUCCUUCGCAGGGUGACGGCUCCACAGAUGGAAGAACCGAUCUAUUUAACGACAACCGCCCUUCUCUUACAGACGAGAAAGUGUUUUUCUCUAGUGUCGGUUUUCCCGAUUCUCCCGAUUCUGCCGAAUUUGGUGAGCUUGUUGAUUCGGCCAAGCUAACGGGGGAUGACUCCGAUGGUGGAGUUCCCCUGCCCGCUGAAACCCCCGUGGACAACGCCGACGAAGAACCAGAUGACAAAUCGGGGGACUUCAAGUCAUUCUUUCCUUUUGUCCCAUUCUAUCGAAAGAAAUUGAGGGAAUCAAAUGGCCAGUAUACUUCUAAUGACCUUUACUCAGAGCUUGAAGGUCUUGUCAAGCAGGCCUUUGAUAAUGCUCAACGACGCAAGGAAGAAGCUCUUUCAAACCCGAACCCUAUUCUGUCACCUACUCCGAACGAUGUUAAGGUGUGCUCCCAAGUUGACCUGUGGGUGAGGCGAUUUGAUCGUCGUGAGUGCAAAGUCUGCAACAUCUUCAAGCCACUGUAUGUCCUGGAGUGCUCUGGCUGUGAUGCGACGGCGUGUGUCCGGUGCAAGUUUCAGAAGACUGCAUAG